ACCCAUUUACAAAUCAUGUGAUUCAUUAAUGCACAUCUUCGCUAGUCAAUUCACACGUUGUUUUAAUUGGACAACUGUUAUUAGGAGUGGUUUUUUUCUCUAUCCAGCUUCAUAUUCGAUUUCAUAAGGAAUUGGUUUUAAAUAUCUUUUAUUCACCAAUUACACUAAUCAUGAAAACUGAACAAAGUACUACCAUGUGUUUUUCAUUGAUCCAAAUUAUCAUAAGGAAUUGUUCUUAAAUAUCUUUUAUUCACCAAUUACACUAGUCAUGAAAACUGAACAAAGUACUACCAUGUGUUUUUCAUUGAUCCAAAUUAUCAUAAAGGUUUGUACAUGUCCUAUUUUUUAUAUGUAAUUUUUGCGUUUAAAUUGAUACGAAUUUGAAUAGAUGAUUAAUCACUACAUGAGCCUCUAUGGACGUUAGGAAUCAAUUGACCAAACCAGACACGUUGAGUACAAUAAGUGUGAGUAAUCGACCGACCACAUGUACCUUUGCUGACCCUUAUAAAGUCUGUGAACGAACUGUAAAAUUUGUCAAGCAGUGAUAAAACAAUUUAAUAGCUUUCCUCCUAAAACGAGUGACUUGUUGCACUUAGCAAAAUAAAACCGCCUUGAUGAAGAAUCAACGAAAUCAAUAAUGCCAUAUGAAAUCACUACGGUUGAUAUAUUUGCAUAAAAACUCUUGUGUAAAGUGUGAUGAUUUACUAAAUAUUGAAUUUAAUAAAGUAUUAGAAAUAACAAAAAAGAAUUUUGCAUAACUUUAAACAUGAGAAUUGUGAUUUUUAGCAAUAACAAGAAUAACUCUCCAUAAGUAUGUGUAAUUUUAUGUAAAUACAGAAGCAUGUUAUAUUUAAUCUAGUUUUAUAUUAAUUUUGGUAUAUUUGCUAAUAAGAUUGAUUUGCAGAUACUAUCUAUUUUUUGUAAGCAAAUUUUGAUCCUUGAGAUUGAUUAGAUCCGGAAUUAAUCCUUUUGUCAAUAAUUAAUCUAAUUCAACAUUUUGUAACUGAUUGUUAAGUUUGACUAACCUUAUCUAUAACUUGCUCCCUUCAAUGUAAAAUCGGAGAAUUAUUAGGCCGAGUCGUAAAAUACUUGGAAGUUCAUUCGAGUAUUGAAAUAGUUGAGAAAUUUUGUAAUCAAAGUGGAUAUAUACCCCUUUUCACACUUUAUAUAAUUACAAAAAGCAACUGAUUACGUACUCACAUGGUCACAUGCAUAUUUAGAUACACUAUCACGAUAAUCCUAUAAAUAUUCCUAACUUGCUUUGGAAACGGUGAAAUAAAACUAUACUAACAUGUUAAAUGUGUAUGAUCAAACGAGAAGAUUACCGCACGUAACGUUGCUAUUCAUUUUUAAUAGCGGAUUCCAAGUGUUAUUUCACUAAAUAUGAUUCAUCAUAUUGAAAAAUGUAAAAUAGUCGAAACAGGAAGACAGGUAGUGAAUUGUCACGGGAAAAUUCAAACGCAGUGGACAAAAACAAAAUAUAAUAACAACAAAAAUUCCUGAGAAACGAUGUUGUUUGUCUAUGGAAAUUAGGAAGCACGUGAAUUAACCAAGGUACAUGGUGGGAGUCGUGGGACCAACGGUGGUCGACGUUGAAUCACAAGGCGACGUCACCUCUACGUUUGAGCCAGAAUAUAAAUUGUACCUUCGUUUUUAAGAAACGAUUCAAGUGCUAUGACGUAUAUUAUAGAUGAUUAAAUUAAUAUAACAACGUGUCAUUUGAAGUGGAUUUCAUUAUUAGAUGGUGGAAAAUUUUGCUUUGAUCUGCUGAUCACACCCGUAACAAGAAAAUGAAUGGUGCCAAUAUGGAUCAGAUCGAAACUUUAAUGUCUGUAUAACAGAAGUACGGGGCCAUCUUAACUACGCCAUUACUAGUAUAUAUGUUGUCCACUCAGUUGAACUACAAAGUUACUAUAUACAACAAUGGGCCUUAAGUGAGAGUUUGCUUACUAUUCCAUAAUAUGGUACAUUAUCUCGGCCCAACCCAAGUAGUCAACAUCGGAUAACUAUAAAUAUAACAUGUUUACAAAAACACAAAAAUUAUUUUUGUCUAUAAAGUAUCAAAACCUAUAAAAUAAUUGAAUUCAAUCAAUUGCAAAAUAUAUUAUUAAAUAUGAUUACUUAAAAGUUGAAAACAUCUUAUAUAUUGGAACACAAAAAUUCUUUGAAACAUAGUUGUCCGUAUGUUACAAUUCGGACUUUUUGUCUCAUCAACAAAGAAGCUGUAAAACACAUCUAAAAUGCUAACUUGAAAUUGUGUUACUACAACUUACAAUAUGCAAUUGUCAUUUGUCAUUUCACAUAUCAGAGUGACAUUGUAAAGUUUUAUAAUCUGUUUUCGCUGUAGACCAAUUUAAAGUCGUUUAGUUCUACAACAAUACGUUCUAGAUAAUAUAAAGAAAGUUAGAAAAAUGUUGGAAAGAUUGAUUACGCCCGAAUUUUUAAAUUGUUUCCAAAAUUGUUAACUGCACGGCAAACAACAUGUGAUGUGCCAGUAUCUCCGCUAUAUUAAUCGAGUCGAUGUUUAACUAUAUAGUCUCGAAUGUCGAACGAACAUUAAGCAUUAUAAUGGUAGGGUGACAAGAUUGACUAAUGAAAGGAAAAGCGAAGGAUAUGGAUAGCAAUGAAACAUAAUUCAUGUGAAGUAGGCUAAAACCGCUCCUACCUACAUUUCCCUUUUCUUGUGAUGUUUCCUUUGACUUUUAUUCAACUCAUCUCCGUGAAACAAUGUUCUGUCAAUCGUCGUCGUUUAGUCAUAAUUCUUGUAGUGGAAUGAAUUAGCUAGACAUUCCAUUGUUAGUGACAUGUAUUUUUAAACAUAAACAAACGUUACAAUAAUACACUUUUAUACCAAAAGGCAAAACACUUAUCAUUCAAAUCUAAAUAAAAAUAAAAUGGUUGUUGUUUUGCUUUGAAAAUAAAAUAAAGCAGUCGAGAUUGGAGCGUAAGCGCCAGCCAUCUUUAUAUAUUUCUACUUCUAAUAUCAUAUCAACACGCUUUACUAUAUAGUCCUUAUUUGACUUUUAAUAUAAAGAAAAGUAACGCGAUGGUUACAUAUUAAUAUAUAUUGCAUGUUAGCUCCCAUCGACAUCCAAAGCUUAAACCUUCUCACUCUCUCUCUUCUCAAAUGGAGGCUGAUGAUUUAACGAAACUCUCUCUUCUCCAACGCAGAAACGGCGGCGUUUCACAAACUCUAGACUUGGAGCUCCUCUCCGUCGACAAAUCUUCUGAUGAUCUUCUUCUACGUUACACCUCCCUAAGAGACAUCCUCCCUUCCACCACAGCCACCGCUGAUUCCCCUGCCGUCUCUGUAGGGGCCCCCAACAUCUCGAUCCGCAACCGCCUUGUAAAGCAAGCUGCUUGUGCCUACCUUCAGCCUGCUACUCCAACUCCUUCAUCUAACUCUUCGUUCUUCCACCGUGUCUCUUCCUCUUUCCUCCGCAUCCUAUCCGCCUUAUUCGAUUCCAUCCUCCGCCUCUUCCCAUCACCCCGGAGAAUAUUCAGAGCUUAGUGGUAAACAGAGAGACUUGACAAACUAUUCCCACGUCAUCAUCUCUGUUUUUCCUUUUUUUUUUUUUUCAUUUCAAAACUUAUGUUCUUUUAUUUCAAACAACUCGUGAAUGUUUUUGAUGUUCAUGUAAUACGCUUCAGUUUGAGCCCGGAACUUGCGGGCUUAGCUUUGGCGCGAGUCUCCGUGAGCGAUGUUUACUCAGUUACUUUCGCCGGUUCUUGUAAGACAAUGGUGCCAGAGACCAGUUAAAUUAAAAAAAAAAAAAAACAAGGCGCUGCCGUCAAAUUUUGUUUUUAGUUGGAUAAAUCAUUGUUAUGUAAUUUUUAGAUCUUUAAACACUGUUAUGUAAAAAUUUUAGAUGGUUGAGUGAUCAGGCAAUCCAAAAAAGUGUAGGUGUUUAAAACAUGUUUCGAUAAAAACAAAAAAUGAUCAACGUGAAAAAGAGAGGGAACAUUUGAUUAUUGAGCUUUUUAGACAUAUAUGAUCGUGUAAGAAAUGUCAAUCUAAUUGUAAUUCUAUAUAAGCAUACUAUUAACUAUUACUCUGUCUUUUUACAUCUUGUCCCUAACCAUGAGAAACUCACAAAAAAGAGAAUAUCACUAACCUUAAGGUCAAUCUUAAACCGUGUCCUACGCCUAAUUAAAAUCAUAAGAGUACAUUUUGAAGAUUGUGUUUUCCCAUGUUGGAUAUUAUUGAGUUUGACGGAGUUUGAUGAACCAUUUACAAGAGAUUUUUGACCUCUCUCUCAGUCCUUAGCUACCCUACUCUUAAAAGCAACUCAUGGAUGGAUCGUAGUUUGCAAUCAAUUACUAUAUCUCUAUCGAUGCACAUCAUCAUCACCAACGAUCAGCAAUACAUUAGCAAAUGUUAUGACAUAAGAGUCACUCCAUCUCAAGUCUUUAUGAUAGUUUCUUGCUGGUAAUAACAUUAGGAACAUUACAUAACCACCAACCAAUACAACCAGGGCGAUUUCAUAAAAGGACAGAGACAAACUGUUAGCAUAAACCAAGUAAAAUUCAAGAGAUUGAACACAUGGAUUGGGGAAGACGCUGUUUUUUUUGGAUAAUUUGCACACAAGGAUAAAC